UUGAACGAAACACUUUCAGCAAAUAAUAUUUAGCUGACUUCUGGCCUGUAUGUUGGUCUGAAGUAUUGCGCAGUAAUUAUUACGCAAAUAAUUAAAAAAUGAAAUUACGUGCAGGCUACACCAAACCACGAUUCUCUUUUCGUGUGGAAUUUGCUGUUACUAAUCACAAACUAGCUGAUCGGCUGACAGCUAGCGGAGUAAAACAAGUGGAGGUGAAAAUGAGGAAAAACAAAGGGAAAACCAGUACAAUAGAAAAGGAGUUUAUGUUUGAGUUUAAGGCAGGAAAACAUCACUGUGUCCUCAAAGUACCACUUCAGUUCCCUCUCAAAGAAAAUGUCAAUGAUCUUCAUGGGCGGAUCAUGCUGCUUCAUAAAAUCCCCUGUUUUGUAGAAAAUGACUUGAAAAACAGCCUGGUUAGUUUCAUAGAGAGGGAAACGUUGGUGGAUUAUGACCGGGAGGCAGAAGGAGCCCUGCAGAGACUCACUAACGGAGAGGUCGACAUAAACAAACUUACAAAUUCAUGGGCCAAGGCCUAUUCUGAGACUACACUUGAACACGCCCGUCCUGAAGAACCCAGCUGGGAUGAGGAUUUUGCGAGUGUUUAUCAUGAACUGAUCCACUCCCCGGCCUCAGAGACUCUUCUCAACCUGGAGCACAGUUACUUUGUCAGUGUUUCUGAGCUCAUCAGCGAGAGAGACAUGGAGCUCAAGAAACUUCAGGAGAGGCAGGCUGUUGAGAUGGCCAAAGUGAUGCAGGAGCUGGGAAAGACCUUGUGUGACCAGGAUGUGAAUAUCGUGGCUGCCCAACACUUUGAUGCACAGCAAGUGCUGGAGAACAAGUGGGCCAGUGAACUGAAGCAAGUCGCAGAUAUCCAGAAACAAGAGUAUCAGGAAUGGGUGAUGAAGCUCCACCGCGACCUACAGAACCCCAACAACAGUACAAUAAACGAGGAGAUCAAGGUGCAGCCCGGUCAGCUGGGGGAGGCAGGGGAAGCAGGGGCCCGUCUCUUCGAGGAGCAGCAACAGCUGGAGGAGAGCUUCACCAUCCACUUAGGGGCUCAGCUGAAGACCAUGCACAAUCUACGUCUGCUGCGAUCUGAUGUUCUGGACUUUUGUAAGCACCGCCGUCACAGCAGCAGCGGGGUGAAGUUACGGCGACUACAGACCGCUCUCUCGCUGUACUCCACAUCACUUUGCGGCCUGGUGCUGCUGGUCGACAACAGAGUCAACUCGUACAGCGGCAUCAAGAGAGACUUUGCAACAGUGUCUCAGGAGUGCACAGAUUUCCACUUCCCCAGAGUGGAUGAGCAGCUGGACAUCAUCCAGCAGGUGGUGCUGUACGCACGAGCUCAGCGCAGCAGCAAGCAGAGAGAGCAGCCCGAGAUGCCAAGAAAUGGAGGAAGUGAAGACAAAAAUAAGAUCAUGGACAGAAAUUCCUCCAAUAUCCUCCCAGGUGAAUUCUACAUCACACGCCAUUCAAACCUGUCUGAGGUUCAUAUUGUGUUCCACCUCUGUGUGGAUGAUAAUGUGCGUUCGGGAAACAUCUCAGCCCGGGACCCAGCCAUCAUGGGCCUGAGGAACAUCUUGAAGGUCUGCUGCACCCAUGACAUCACCACCAUCACCAUCCCACUGCUGCUGGUGCAUGACAUGUCAGAGGAGAUGACCAUUCCCUGGUGUCUGAAACGAGCUGAGCUGGUCUUCAAGUGUGUGAAAGGUUUUAUGAUGGAAAUGGCCUCCUGGGAUGGAGGAAUCUCACGGACUGUCCAGUUCCUUGUUCCACAGAGUAUCUCAGAGGAGAUGUUCUACCAGCUGAGCAACAUGCUGCCUCAGAUCUUCAGAGUCUCCUCGACGCUCACGUUAACGUCAAAACGCUAAACAAGCCACACACAGACACAUCAGCCCUUGUAGCUGGCAAUAUGGAGGACAUCUUGUCACUUUAGGUUCUUAGUUUUCAGAGAAGUACAAACCGUAAGCUGUUUUGAUAUGCACUGACAUGUGAUCCUGUCACAGGAGGCUUAGCACCAUGUCCUGAUUAUUUCAGUCAUGAAUUUUCACUGGAAUUCACAGAUUUGUACAUUCCACAUCAAAAAACGCAUUAAAUAUGAGAGGGAAGUGUUCAGAGUUUUAGCUCUUGUCAUACUGUGAGUGCUGUUUACCUAACGCUGCAUGGGAAACAGGUAAUGCCAAGACAAGCUGUGUGUUUGUGCGGCAUUGCAGUCAAACCACCUUUGGCCCCUGGUGUCAUCGGUCCUCUCCACAAACGCCAGAUGGCGCUGUGUUCGGUAGCUUUCACAUGUGGUGUAAGGUAACCAAAGCUGCUGAUUCCAAAUGUCAAAAGAAACCAACCUUCCAAGCAUUCUAAGUUAUUUACCAUGUGUUUGUAUGUUAGGUGCCAGUUGUAAACCCUGGCAUGUGUGCAGUUAUAUUUGAACUGUGCAAUCUUUGGAAAGUGGGGCAUUUGAAAACAGUAUCAACUGUUUUUUUUUAUUGUAAAUCUAACCUUUAAUAGACUUAUUGAUCAGGCUAGUGAGAAAAUUAUGUGCAGUUUUGUAUUAUUAUUAUUUUUUAAAACCUUUACAAAGAAAAUCUGCAUAUGAACUACUGUCUGUUAAGUGUUUUGUUGGAUUCCUCCUAAUGAGGAUAUUAGCAUAUGAAGUAGCAAAGUAGGGCUAAUCUGAGAGUUAAAGCAUUUGCAUCUAUAUUAGCCUUUUGUCCAAAACUACUGACAUGCUAGUUACAUGUUCAUUGCGAAAUGUCAAAGUUUUGUAA